AUGCAUGCUCAAGACGUGCCCCUCGACGUGAGCAUCAACCGCUCCUUCAAGGCGGGAUUGCGCACGUUCUACAACGAGUGGUUCGCCGACGAAGGGGUGAACAGCUUCACCCCUGCAGGUGCGGCUUGGUUCAAACUGAGAUUGAAGCUGCCCGGGUGGCGGACGACGAAGACUGUGGGGACAUGCCCGCGGGGAGGAGGAGGAGGAGGAGGAGGAGGAGGAGGAGGAGGAGGAGGAGGAGGAGGAGGAGGAGGAGGAGAGGAGGAGGAGGAGGAGAUCGAGGGGGAGGCAGAGUGGGGGGGGGGGUGGAGGAGGACGAGGUGGAGUAGGGAAAAGGGGGGUGGUAGAGGACGUUUAGUUUUAGAGUUGUAG